ACCGCCAAAUAAGAAAGCUUUUUCAUUUUAUUUUUUUAUGUAGCAAAAACACAUAAAUUGAGCUGCUUUUGUUUGUAAACUUUCGUUUAAUCACUCAAAGAGUGAUACAUCAAUGGAGUUUUGCACUACAUUGUUUACAUUUCUAGUGUCGAUUUCUGUAAUAUUGGCGCGGAAUGUUGAAGAAGCGCAUCUUAUUAUUAAUGGGAGUUUACCAAUAACACAUACGGAUGCAAAUUAUAUCUGCGCUACUAUAGAUUGGUGGCCAAGCAAUAAGUGUGAUUAUCAUCAAUGCCCAUGGGGAUCUUCGUCUGCUUUAAAUCUGGAUUUAUCACAUCCUUUUCUAGUCAAAGCAGUGCAAGCUUUUGAACGAUUGAGAAUACGAGUGGGAGGUUCCUUACAAGACCAAGUAUUAUAUGACGUACGUAGUUUCUCGGGUCCAUGCCACCCAUUUAUAAAAAUGAAAGGGGGACUGUUUGGGUUCUCCAAAGGAUGUCUUAAUAUGAGUAGAUGGGAUGAACUGAAUCAUUUCUUCUUAGAAACAAGAGCACUUGUGACAGUUGGCUUGAAUGCACUAUACGGGAGACACCAGAUUAAAAAGGGCGUUUGGGGAGGAGAUUGGAAUUCCAGCAAUGCUCGCGAUUUCAUAAAGUAUACUGUAUCCAAAGGGUAUCAGAUAGACUCAUGGGAGUUUGGUAACGAGUUAAGUGGUAAGGGGAUUGGUGCGAUGGUGGAUGCUAAGCAGUAUGGGAGCGAUGUACUUCAACUCAGGGAUAUAAUUGAUGAUUCAUACAAGAAAUUCAAGCCAAAACCAUUACUCGUGGCACCAGGAGGGUUCUUUGAUAAACAAUGGUAUGCUAAGCUUCUUAAAGUUUCAGGGUCGGAAAUUGUCAAUGUCAUGACGCACCACAUGUACAAUCUAGGAGCAGGUGUUGAUCCAACUUUGGUAGAAAAGAUACUAGAUCCCCAUGUUUUAAAUCGUGCAUCUGUCACAUUUAAUGAUCUUCGAGAAACCAUUCAAACAAAUGGCCCAUGGGCAUCUGCUUGGAUUGGGGAAUCUGGCGGGGCCUUCAACAGUGGUGGUCUUCAUGUUUCAGACUCUUUUGUAGAUAGCUUCUGGUACUUGGAUCAGCUUGGAAUGGCAGCGAAGUAUCACACGAAAGUAUAUUGCCGACAAACCUUAAUUGGCGGAAACUACGGUCUUCUGAACAAAACGACGUUCAUGCCUAACCCUGACUACUACAGUGCACUUCUUUGGCAUCGACUUAUGGGCAGAGGAGUUCUUGCUGUUGAUAGAAGAAACAUUGCGCCACAUUUGCGCACUUACGCUCAUUGUUCAAAAGGGAAAACGGGUAUAACUUUGCUUCUGAUCAAUCUAAGCAAUCAGACUGAUUUCAAACUUGAUGUUUACAACAUCCUGAACAUGAAUCUCCGUACAAGUCAGCACAAAACCUCGGAAAAGAAAACAUCAUUUGCUCAUGGUCUCAAGACAACAGUCUCAUGCAUUGGAACGAAAUCGACAGAUGAAAACUUAUCUAGAGAGGAGUACCACUUAACACCACAAGACGGUGAUAUUCGAAGUAAAACAAUGCUUCUAAAUGGAGUUCCAUUAAAGUUGACAGAAAUCGGAGACAUCCUAAGUUUCAGACCAGCUAUGGUGAAGGUGAAUACCCCAAUUUCCAUCACUCCUUUGUCCAUAAAGUUUUUGCAGUUUCCAAACUUUGAUGCGCCCGGUUGUAUAUGAUCCGUCUUUGUUUUGAUCCUUGCGAAACUUGGCUGUAUCUGUAUAGUGUAUCAUAAGAUCCAACUUCCAAGUGUAAAAAACUCAUUUAAAAUUUAAAGUUUGAUGAUUUCGCAUCUGAUGCUACUGGUA